GUAUUUAAUGAAAUAAUUUUUGUUAUAAGUUUUCUUCUAAUUUUUACUAGUUUUAUAGGUGAUUUGUAUAUUUUAUUUUUUUAAAUGUCAUUAUCAAUAUGUAGAAUUUUCAUAAUUUAAUAUGGAUGUGUUUCACUCCCCUCAGUAUUUACCUGAUUUAGUGCUAGAUAUAAUUUUUUCUAAUUUAAAACCACCUGAUUUAUUAAAUUGUAUGUUAGUUUGUCGAAAUUGGUUGAGAGUGCUUAGUGAUGGUAGAGCUGAACCAUGGAAAUUGUUGUGUCGACAAAAAAUACCAAAAGAACUGUUGAGAUCUGAACUUUUAUCACAACUUGCAACCCCUAAAGCUAAAUUACGAGCUUUAUAUCAUGCGUGGAAUCCAGAUGAUUGUUCUGUACACAUUGUAGUUAAACAAAAUGGUUUUACAUUACAUCGAAAUCCAGUAGCUCAAAGUACUGAUAUGGCUCGUACUAAAAUUGGUUAUAAUUAUGGUAAACAUGUUUGGGAAGUUACAUGGACAGGACCUCUUGGUACUGUAGCAAUGGUUGGUGUUUCUACAAUGGAUGCACCUGUACAUUGUAGUGGGUAUUUACCCUUAUUGGGAAUUGAUAAACAUAGCUGGGGUUGGAACUUGAUUGAUAAUGUUUUGUUGCAUAAUGGAGUUUCUCAUGGUAAUUAUCCUCUCCUGAAUAAUGCCCCAAAAUAUCAAAUUGGUGAAAAAAUUCAAUUAGUAUUAGAUUGUGAAAAUGGAGUUUUACAUUUCGAAAAAUGCAAUGAGUUUUUAGGAAUUGCAUUUAAAGAUUUACCUAAAACUAAACUUUAUCCAUCAGUUUCAGCUGUAUAUGGCAAUACAGAAAUAUCUGUUGUUUAUCUAGGUAAACCUCUUUGUGGUUGAUGAUACCAAGUCGGUAUCAUCCUAAUAUAAGUGUGUUGUAUUUCAGAAUUUCUAAUUAAGUAAUUUUUAAUUUGAUAUUUAUAUUUUAAUUAAGUUACGGUGAAUUAUUAUUGUUGUUAACAACAUUCACAUUUCUUUUAAUUUAGAAA